AUGGGUAAGGUUAAGUGCUCUGAACUACGUACGAAGGAUAAGAAGGAGCUCUUCAAACAGCUCGAUGAGUUGAAAACAGAAUUGACCAAACUUCGGGUUGCUAAAGUAACAGGAGGAGUCGCAUCCAAAUUAUCGAAAAUACGUGUGGUAAGGAAAGCUAUUGCACGUGUUUACAUUGUUUACCACCAAACAAUGAAAGUAAACUUGAGGAAUCACUACAAGAACAAGAAGUACAAGACCCUCGACUUAAGGCCCAAAAAGAGCCGUGCUAUGCGCAAGGCCCAAACAUGA